ACAAAUUUAUCGCAAUAUAAUCAAAAUGACAUGCUACAAAAUAAAUUAAGAUGAAGAAAUAUUUCUUUAAAGUAUAAUAUUUUAUUUUUCGGUAACGUGACAUUGUAGUUUCGGCGUUUUUAGUAAAGGUUACUAAAAAAAAAUACCGAAAAUGAAGAAAGGUAUAACGAGAUGGAUUCGUUGAUUAUGGGAGAAACCUCCGCAAAAAAUAGAAGAUAUGAUGCUAUUGAAACACUCAUGUCAACAGUAAAUAAUGAUAAUAGAGAAUCUGGAGACCAUGUUUUGUACAGAAAAAAUGGAAGCAUUGAGAUAUCAAUUACUCCAAAGCAUAUUGGUAUUGGAGAUGUAAAAGUAAGACGAUAUAACUGGCUAUUGAGUUCUUUGAAUGGCUUCGUGAGUACAUUUUGUGCUUUUAAGUGUAGCAACAGAACAGAAAAUAUUGUUUCCUUCGUGUGGGUGAUUUCUUUAUUUUUUGUUGGAGUAACAUUUACUGUAGCUCAAUACAAUUCCAACGUUAACAAAUUUUUAUAUACAUCGCAUUACUGGGUUUUAUUUUUAUUUUUAAUUAUAUCUAUCAUUGGAAUGUCAAUCGCUAUUUUUUACCGCAAUAAUAAAAAAUUAGCAACUUUUGAAAUUAAAAUUGAAGAUGAAGCUAAGAAGUGGGGAUAUAUAUCAACUAAGUAUUUAAUUAGCUGUGCUUAUAUAUUUGCUAUUGGAAAUCUGUUAUUGGAUAUGUUUUCCAUAGUUAGUGCGUUUCAUUGCGGAUUUUCAGUUAAGUCACUUACAGAUAAAAGUCAUUACAAAAUUCAAUUCCUUUUUCAUAUUGCACGAGUUUUGUAUAUAUUGAUUCAACUUUUGUUUGUUCAGAUAUUUUAUGGCGCAAAGAUAAAACAGUCGUUUCAGUUUUUAUUCAAAUUGCUCAUCUUGCAAAUGAUUUCAACAAAUGUUUGUAUUUGGUUUGCUUUUCUAUGUCAAGAGACAUAUAUCGAUCGUACAGCACACAGUACACAGCGUUUAGAUACAAAAGAAUACAGUUUUAAUUGCUCACUUAGUUUUAAAAAUGAUAUAUUUAAUAUUGCUUCCAGUAUCACUAUAUAUCUUCAACCAUUUGUUUUGGAGUAUGCAUUACUUUUAUCUUUGGUACUUUUUUUUAUGUAUCCGUUCAAGGCGAUUAGUAAAAGCCAUAGUACGCAAAAAAAUUCUGAUUAUGACCUCAUUGACUCUGUUAAAACAGACGAUUCAAAAUUUUAUAAAUCAGAUCCUGGAGUUUUAAUAGGCAUAAUUGUUUCAACAACCGUAUUACUAUCAUCCUGGAGUGUGCAAUUUAACUUCGAUUUCUUGGAAAACCUUUUGUUCAAAUAUUCAGCAGAGAUAACAAUUCAUUUACUGAUUACAGUUGCGUCGAUAUGUGUAAUGAAAGAAAUUUUUAAAUAUCAUAUAAAAGUUAUUGGAGAUCGUAAAUAUAAAGUAGAAGAUUAUUUAUUAUUAAUAACUGGUUUAAUGGGUUAUUUGCCGUUUUUUAUUGCGGUUAUUUUUUCAGUUACAAAAAAGAUCGAAUAUAAAAAUGAUCAGUUUCCUAUACCAGUUGCCGAUAAUAUUUUAUCUCAUGAAUUCUUGAUUCGCAUUUUGUUAUGUGUGCUCGCAGUAAUGAAUGUUUUUGGUGUUCUUGUUCAAAUGUAUUUUCUAAUAACUUGCAGCUUUUAUAAACGUGUUGCGCUUACUGACACUAGUUAUAGUUUGGCUUUAGAUAUUUCUCGUCAAAAGAUUAUUUCGAAUAAGCUAUGUUCUUCUGCUCGCAUCGGGCAGUGGCUGAUGUUUUUGUUUGUGUUAAACGCAGCACUUUGGAUAAACGACACUCUUUUUGGCGUUCCCUACAUGUUUCAGCGUGUAUACUGGAUUUCAGAACAUUACUGGGGAGAAAACGUGUGGCUGUUUAUGUUUAAGUUGUUUUAUCCUUUACUUAUUUUUUACCGGUUACAUUCAGCUGCCAUGGUUGCUUUGCUUUGGAAAAAGUUUCGAGUAAAGAGAAACAAUAUGAACUAAACUUUAAAUUGUUAGUUUUUAUUUAUUAUAACUGAUUAAUAAGGU